AUUCGGAAUUUCAGCUUCACAAGGAGUCACAGAUGAUUCAACUUCUUUUUCAACGCGUCUCAAGAACAUUAUCUACACGUAUCUUUCUUACUACUUUCAACUGAGCGCUGCAAAAGCUGCCGAAAAGGUGAUGGUCGAGAAGCUUGGAAAAUCUAUUACUCCAAUAUGGGAUACUGUAUCAAACAUGACAUGGAUGCUUACGAAUACUGAACCAAUGUUAGAAUUUGCAAAGCCGACACUACACAAAAUUGUUGAUAUCGGUGGUAUCAGCGUUCACAAACCUAAACCGCUUGAAAAGGUGUGUAUUAAAUUCUUGAUAGUAAUGAAAUCUUUUUACUUUUGGUACUGGGAUCAAAUCCUGGGUAUGCGUUACCGCACCAUACUCAUUUCUUUUGGCUCUGUCUUGCAAAGUUCGAAAAUGCCAGAUGCCUACAAACGUGCCGUUAUGAAUCUUGUGAAGUCACAUUCCGAUAUUACAUUUAUUUGGAAAUACGAGAAUACAAAGGCACCGUUUGCAAACGGUUUGAAGAAUUUGAUACUGUCAAAGUACACCACCGCCGCUCGUCGUAUCCGCAAUCUUCUUGCUAAAAGACCAUUCACUCCUGAAGAAAAGCUGGUGAAGACCGUGGAAGUAGCUGCUGAGUUUGGUCACAUCCCUGAAUAUCUUGUUAUGGGAAGGAAUCUCAACUUCAUAGUUUAUUAUAACUUAGAUAUAUUUCUUCUACUCCUAACAUUCUGCUUAGUUACUGCGCUUACAAUCUUGUAUGGAGCAACAAAACUUUUGAAAAGAAUCAAAGUUGAAAAGGUUAAGGCUGAAUAAUU